ACUAUUUAAGCGCAGGUCGGGGUCAGAGUAACGAUGACCCAUCGCUGACCUGAUAACAACGCCGCAAACUUGCCCUUUCAGGUACACGCACAGACCUUUCUGUGUGGGGCGGAUUGUGGGGUGAAAAGGGUAUGUGUGGAGGGGUCUUUAUCUGUAUGUCCAGCAUGUUUCAUUUGUUUCCCACAAGCCGGCCUCUCGCCAUUAUCUCAGAAGUUGGCCUUGUUGCUUCUUGACAUAAACUGAAAGACUUCUGCACUGGGCCAACUGCUGGUACACUGGCAAGUCGUCCGUGAAACCACGAACUUGUAAUACACGUCCGUGGUGAAAUUCUUCCUGCUUUCCACGACGCUUCAUGGUUACGUGGAAAAGUGAGCUACUCAAAAAAAAAAAAAACAACACGAUCGAAUCGCACAGCCACUACUGUUUGCCGUUCUGUACAAUGAAAAAUAUGACGUGGAAGCCAGACUAUCCUUUAUUCGAUUUGCAAGUGAUUAAAAACUGAGAAAAAUUUUAAUCUGAAAAAUUUCGGGUGACGAUCAGUGUAGUUAUUGAGUAUAUGGCAGGCCUGUUGUAAGAAUAAUUAAAAUAAUUUCAGAAUAAUUAAAAUGACAAGUAUAGCUUACCAGAUUUACAAGAAUUAAGCUGAUUAUUUUUCCUUUGAGUCGGAUGACUUAAAUGCUCUGCUAGAAUGACAGGAGGUAAGACACACACCAAUUGAUCCUCACUGAAUGAGAUUACAUAUUAAUUAACAAUAUAGAAGUUUGUUUGAAAAAAACUUUGGUAUGUGAAAUAAACAACAAACUAACUAGUCGACAUGCAAAGUCAUUUGCUCAGGAGGAGUAUGUGCUUUUAAAAAAUACACCAGAGGCCGACUAGACUAUAGCUUAAAUCGUUAGGAAAGAUAUGUAUGACAUCCGGUCUGACUCUUUUUUUAUGAUGUAGUUUUCAGUGUUGCACAAUCCUGCAUAACUAAUAUUACGAGAUCAGUGCUGAUUUUUGACUGUGCAGUCUAAAUUAGCCUCACUGCCAUUUACCCAGCAAUGACAGAAGACACAAAUCUGUAAAACAACUCGUGCGCUAGUUUACUAGCAAGAAAUUUCAGUUCAUAUGCAAUAAAAUAAGGUCUGCAGUAAAGUACACAAUGAAACAACAGAGAAUAUUUUCAUUUCUAUUCCUAAAUGUCUCUACCCAUUACUUCAGUUUUGCAAUCACACAAACUUUACCAAGCCUCUUUAUUUAAUAUAAGUCUUGUGCAGUGAUUACCAGUAAAUCAUUCAGCUACACUAGACCCUAAUUGUCUACUCUUUUUUAAAUUCAGCUCACACCCUCUGUACCCUGACACACAUCAGUAGAUCAUAACAGCACUUUGAUAUUAUUCUAGUUACUUUCCACUAGUUUCAAGACAUGUUUAUUUAAAGGGAGGAUUAAAAUGUAGUCCACUCACUUCUGCGUGUGCAUUCAUUUUUUAUAACCUAUAGAACUUUAAGAAAUUCUGUUUCAAAUAAAUGAAAAAAGUUUUGUAGCUUAAAGUGUAUGUGUAGACCCUCUUAAACAGUUUUAGUGAAUAGCUUUUGCUGAAAUAUCUUUAUUCUCUGAACCUGAAAGGUAUGUGUGCACAUAAUGUUCCAGAGUCUGUCCGCAUUUCAAGAGCAGGGCCAUGCAUCUUUGAUAGGCGCUAUAACCUCUAGUGUUAUAGAUUUUCCUCUCAAACAGCUUGAAAGCAAGUUUUAAAAGAUUUUGCCAGAGGGGUUAGAUUUCUGCCUUGCUUCUCUGGAUAUUUGAAUAACCAAAAGCCAUUCAGGUGGUAGAUUUCAAUGAAUGUUUAUGCUGUUUUGUGCUUUUUCUUUGAGAUGUACUGAUAAAAAAUGGGGAACACUCUAUUUGCAAGUAUACAAGACUAACGCUUAAAAGGUUUUAUUGCAAAGUUUCAGUGUUGCCGUAGACAAAUUCACUGGGCAUAAUUUAAAAGGUCUGAAUUGUGGGAAGUCUUUAGUUCAAGGAGGGCAACAACAGUCAGAAAAAAUAACCCCUGGCGUUAAUGGCAUUUAUUUGCCUAUAACAAGGACAUGGCACUUAAGUAGCCUUGCAGAAAAUAGGAGGGAGGUGGAGCUAUGUAUCUCAGAUUCAAUUGCUUUUCCUCAAGUUUUGCUGCAGGGUAACCCUCUCACUGCUUGCAGAGUGGAUGCCUGCCCCCCUAAUUCACCCCCCACACACACACCCUUGUAAUAAUAUUUCUGUUUCAUAAUCUCUCAGUAUUUGAUUACCUUCAAAUACCGUGGUGAUAGUCGAGUGACUAAUGUGCUUGUGUUACCACUGAAGUAACCAAUCGCGACAGCCAUCCAACUUGUCCGUCUACUGCACUGAGCUCGAAAGUUCUAGAUUAGUGGAAAGUGCACCGGGAGCUGCCUUACGAUUGGGUGAUCAACAUGCAUAAAGGUGCGAGUCCCUCUUGCGCGUCACCUACAUCUUAGAAGAUAGCCAGCAGUUGCGGUGGUGCUUUAUAAUUUUUUUAAAGUUUUUAAAGAUAUACAAACGAGUAAACGUUUUGAUUUGACGGACUACCAUUGACCUCCAUAGCUCGUGCAACUCGGACAAGCGAUUACGCACGAUCACGGCCUUGUCAAGACUCCUUUGCCAUCUAAGCUGUGUCUGGGUUACAAGAACUCUCUCAGAUCGCAGGACACUAGUAGUGUUAGAAACUCAGUAAGGUUUUUGUCGAGCACUGAUCCAAACAUAGGCAUUGCCCUUUCAAAGCAGCUAGCGUGCACCGCGCGGUAAAGACUUGUCAAGAGUUGGGGGCAGUCUGCCGCCGUUCGUCCAAGACUUCACGGAUGACUGGGGGCACGUUGUACAUCAGUGCGCAGGACCUGAGGAUGGUGCACGACCAGGCCUGGCUCUUCUCCAUGCUGCUGGUGGCGGUGAUUGUGGGCGGCAUGCGGACGACGCGGCGCGGCUUUUUGCGGACGCUGCACGUGUGUGCAGGUGAGCUGUGGGGCAAGGUGUGCGUGCUGGCCCCCCAUCACGUCAUCGCCUCCACGCUCAACGUCAAGAUGCCGUCCAGUGUUCGACGUCAGAUGAAGACAGCUCAUCGCCACGUCGUCAGGAUGCUGAUAGGCAAGAGGGCGCUGCUGGGCUCCCGGCGCCUAGCCUCCAAGGGCAAGCACUCGCACAGUGCCAAACAUGGCAAGAAGCGGCUGAACAAGACGGUAACCCUUUAUCGGAAAAUGCCUUUAAAGGCUAUGUCACGAUUAUGGGGACGAUUCAACGAGUUGGAAUUGCCCAUCUUCCUGCGGCGGCCUCUUUUGAGUUUGUAUAUCUGGAUGUUUGGAUGCCGUCUGGAUGAAGCUGAGGUUGAAGAUCUGCGACAUUACAGAAAUUUAGGAGAGUUUUUCCGUCGACAGCUGAAGCCUGAUGUCAGACCAAUUGAUGAUAAUUAUGUCCUGACAAGCCCCUCAGACGGAAAGAUUUUACACUACGGACGAGUGGAGAAUGGUAUUUUGGAACAAGUGAAGGGAGUGACAUACUCUUUGCGGGGUUUCCUUGGUCCACAGACUUGGCGUGAUGCCAAGUCCACUAACAUCAACCACAUAUCUGACACGGAGUAUCAAGAGGAGUUAGGCAUGCAGCCUGACCAUGAUCUCUUUCACUGCAUUAUCUACCUUGCCCCUGGAGACUACCACCGCUUUCACUCCCCAACCAACUGGGUUCUCCACCACCGCCGUCAUUUCCCAGGAGAACUUCUGAGUGUCAACCCUGGCAUUGCACGCUGGAUUCAGGGUCUGUUUAACUUCAAUGAGCGAGCCGUGUACACAGGAACAUGGGAUCAUGGUUUCUUCUCUAUGUGUGCUGUUGGUGCCACCAAUGUAGGCUCUAUCAAGAUCUAUUGUGAUGAGGAUCUGAAGACAAACACACGUUCCAAGUAUCCUGAGGGUGCCUACUUUGAUAAAGUCUUCCAGUCGUCCAUUCAGGUAGCUAAAGGAUCCAUGUUUGGGGAAUUUAACCUUGGUUCAACGAUUGUGCUUAUUUUUGAAGCUCCUAAAGGUUUCCAGUUUAAGGUCCAUGACGGGCAAAAGAUCCGUUUUGGCCAGGCUCUGGGCACACUAUCUUGAUUUGUUGGUUCAGCCGAUGUGGAUUUAUGGAGAGGUUUUUGUGGCAUGAUUUUCAUCCUGUUCAGCUUCAUCGAAAUUUCUUAUAAAACUUAAUAUACAGUAUGGUCUAGCUGCUGGUCAGAUUUCACACAGAAGUUUGUGGAAGAGCCUGUGGACUGAAAUAGUACUUUAUAAUGUUUCUGCAUUAUUAAGUCUUUCUCGAUGUGAUUUACCUUUUGAAAGGUACUAAUUCUUAUUUUGAAUAAAAUUCUGAACAUAUUUACAAAACACCACUGACAUCGUUCAUUUUAUAUUGACUAGUUUUAUUAAGACUGUCAAAAACAUUUACAUGCUGAUACAAGUGAAAGAUUCAGUUCCAUGAGGAGGAGAGACCUGCAUUUAAUGCAAGUUGUAGCCUUUUACCAAAACUAUGUUUUAUUUCUAUGUUGAAGCUCACUUUAUAUCUAAGUUGCUGUUCAGUUGCUAUUUUUUUCCAGAUUGUUGGAUCAAGUAAUGGGGAUAGAAUCUGUAGAGUUUGUUACACUGUCCUUUCAUUGAACAGCAUUUGGCCCAAAAUCUUUCUUUUAUGUGCUGCUGUUAGAGAUAACUUUCCAAAUCUGCCCAUGCAAAUUGAGUAUCUUGCUGGAAUGUCCAAGCUGCUGACUUAAGAUUGAAAGCUAACCCAGGUUGGGAACCUUCUAUGACUAAAUUUCAUUACCUUAUACUACUCAGCAAAUUACUCUAGUCUAUUCAGGAGAAACAAGGUUUCAUUGCAUUUUCUGUGACAUAGAGUUAGGCAUAUCAUUAUGGAAACACCUUGUUAGCCUAAGGUGGAAGCAUUCAGAUUGGCUGCAGCCUUCAGUGACUUUUAGCUCAGUCAACAUCUGCUUUUCCCAGAAAUAUUAAUAAUCCUGUAACAACUAAUGUUUAUAACUGUUGACAAGACUUGACAGCUACAAUGCUGAUUACAAGUCAAAGAGUCUUCACAUUUUUCAGGAAAUUUAAUAUUACUAUGCACAAAACAAUCAGCAUUUCAUCCAUAAUGCUGCAAUGGACAUGAAUUCUGCUUCAUAUUUACAUUAUUGUGAAAGAUCAGAAAGAUGUAGAAGAUGCUGUAUGUAUAUUUUGUAAAGCUACACCCAGCAGUGAGUGUGGUAGAUAAUGCAAAAAUAGAUUGGCAUCUUUGUAAGUGCUCCAUUCCAUUGGCCAGUGACUAAGAUCUGGACAUGAAUGAAAAUGAAGGAAGUUGAUGUAGCACGGGAGAAGGAACUGUGAUAUAAAAACUUCUGUUUUUGUUUUGAUGUGUUUUGGGGGAGAUUCUUUUCAUUCAAAUUUGGUUUGUGACAUAAAAAGUUGUUAUCAUCUGCAUUUGAGGUCAUACAAGCAUUUAUUCAUUACAUGGUGGAUGAAGAUGUUAGGAUAUAUAAGAUCAGUCAAGCAUUAAAGAUCUAUGUAUAUAUGUGUGUGUGUACUUUUUACAUGAAACAUCAGAAGGACCCAGUUCAUUUGGUUCAGUGUGCUUUUUAAAAGACAUUUUGAAGAACAAUAUUAAUAUGGACAAAAUUUAGUACAUCACCAGCAAAUAGGCAACUUGGUGCUUGUCAGAGUGCCUUAAGUUUUGAUCCAAGAGGCAAUGAAGAAGUAGCAAAUGUGAUAAUUCUUCAUUUGUUUUAUAUUUAAAGACAAACAGGUACUUUAGACUAUGUAUCAUUCCAUUCCUUUGAUCUCGCUGCUCCAUUUGUUCCACCAUUUCAGUAUUGAAUGGGUUGUGAUCAUCAUUAAGAGACUGCGGCUGAAUGAAAUCUGACUUGUUUGUUUGGUAUCUCAUUUAUUUGUACGACUUGUUAGAUUUUCUGCAGUUAUGUUUUGCUUUAUUAGGACAUUUAUAUGGAUGCUGAACAGUGAACUGAAAACUUUUAUCUCAAAAACCAUCAACCUCUAAUUACCUUUUACAUAGUCUUGCACAAGUAACACAAAGCUUGAUGCAAGGAGCCACAGAGUUCAUUGAUGAUGCUAACAAAGUUGCGGGUUCUCACACCACACUUUAAUGGGUUCUGUAAUAUUUCUGUAUAUUUCUUUUAAAUGGGAGCUGUGUUUGUUUCAGCUCACUAGAAAUAUUUUUGAGAGUGGAACAAAUUGUUUACUAUUUAGCUAAAGGUGUUACUAAACUGGAAUGCAAAUCUGAAUGUGCUGAAGAUUGGAUUUGUCACUUUAUGUACUGCCCUGUACAUCUUUGAAAGAAACCAGGAAUUGUUUACAAUGGAGAAUAAAAUUCAGAAAUGAUCAGUUUUUGAGUUUCUGCUGUUGUACUUUUUUUUUCUCUUCAUGCUUUUCUUUGUGACUGUUUUAGGAUUAAUUUUGUUUUUUUUUAAAAGAUUACUAACCAUUUAUGUUUUGGUAAUUUUAAAAAAUAAUCGGGUUUUUUUGGAGGGGAGAGAUAGUGGGAAUAUUUAUUUCCACAACAAAUAUUUAACCAAAGGAUAAAACGUUGACCAAAUGGGGAAAAAGCAUGAAACAUGUACAUUGUGGUCUUGAGUAUGCUCCUCUGUAAAAAUUUUAGCAACCUGUUGCUUGUUGUAACUUAUUUUUGUAUCUUUAUCAAUACUACAGGAUAAAUUUAAACUGGAAUUCAAAUGUUAUUUUUUUAUUUUAUCAUACAAACCUAGCAGUUGACUGAUUAUAGUUAUGGUCACCAAUACAAAUUAACAGUUUUGUUUUUGUUUUUUAAUCUGGUUUUAACAAGUUUCAUUUUCUCACAUAUUGAAGUGUUUGCAGAUUAGUUUAUUAUGUUUUCAGUAUAGCCUUAUGCCAAGUUCAUAUGCUUAGAAGUGCUAAAAAUAUCCUCAUAAUGUCAAAGAAUGAAGAAUAUAGUGGACAGAAUAGAUGAAUACAGCUUGCACUAACUUUGCUUUUAACGGUGCAGACUUUUGUGUCACAUAAGUCUAAUUUGUUGGAAGGCGUUGUUAAGACUGUGUAAGAUUGUUGCAAGUCAGGGGUGUAUGUGUGUGAGAGAGUGAAAAUAAAAAGGAGAAAAAAUGCAAGAAUAUCCAUUUUAACAACAAUUUUUUUAAGAACAGAUGGUGAAGUGUUUAUGUCUUAUGACAAAGAAUUAAAAGAACAUGUUUUAAAUA